AUGUUUGUGAAACUAAAGGUGGUCGCUGAGAGCUUGGCUAUGUUGGCUAAGUGCAGCGUGACGGUGGUGUUGGUGAUGUCUGCCUGGGAGUGGGGCCUUUACAUCUUCUCUGCUGCUCAUCUGGUGUACACAGGAGUCUUGGUGCUGUGCUAUGCGGUUUACUUUCUUCAUUUCUUGCCGUCCAAAGAGGCAAUUGAGAGCAAUUUCCCCCUGCGCAAUAUUAGAGAUCUGAUGCCUCACAAAGCUCAUGGAGAGCCGCUGGUGGACUGGACCGUGGCCCGUCUUACCUGGAGCUUCUUCAAGCAGUCGUUCCUCAAGCAGAUCCUGACUGAAGGGGAGCGCUACGUCAUGACCUUCCUGAACGUCCUGAGCUUCGGCGACCAGGGCGUUUAUGACAUCGUCAACAAUCUGGGCUCCAUGGUGGCGCGCUUCAUCUUCCUGCCAAUCGAGGAGAGCUUCUACAUCUUCUUUGCCAAAGUGCUGGAGCGAGGCCGUGAUGUGAAAAGCCAGAAACAGGAAGACGUUGGUGUCGCAGCAGAUGUGCUACAAUGCCUGCUCAAACUGGUGCUGGUGAUUGGACUCAUUAUCGCGGUCUUUGGGUACGCCUACUCAGAACUGGCCCUGGAUAUUUAUGGUGGAUCUCUGCUGAGCAGUGGGGCAGGUCCAUCCCUGCUGCGAUAUUACAGCUGCUACGUCCUCCUGCUGGCUGUAAAUGGAGUGACCGAGUGUUUUGUGUUUGCUGCAAUGAGCCAAGAGGAGGUUGACAAGUACAACUUGGUGAUGCUGGCCCUGUCUGCGUCCUUCCUCUUCCUGUCCUACAUGCUGACGUGGUGGGCUGGUGGCGUGGGCUUCAUUCUGGCCAACUGCUUGAACAUGGCCCUCCGCAUCACGCACAGCGUCCUGUACAUUCGCCGCUACUUCCUGUCCAGUCAGUGGAAAACACUGCGGGGCCUGCUGCCCUCGCUGCCGCUGUGCCUGGUGCUCGGUGUCAGUGCAGCCGUCACGGUUGUCAGUGAGAUUGCUUUUUGCUGCGACGGCGGUUGGCUCCUGAGGUUCGUCCACGUCGGCGUGGGAGCGGCCUGUCUUUUUUUUGUUCUCGGGACGGUUGUGCUCACAGAAACUCAACUCGUUGUGUUUGUGAGGACUCAGCUUUUGCCCCAGUACAGGAAAAAACGCCUAUAACGUGAAGGUCAGCGGCAAGUGGAUCUUUCUUUUUGUGGAUCUUGGACGCAAGUAUAUACAGUAUGUGCCUAAUUAAUAUUGAAGAGAAGUUCAGUUCAGUAGUACAAUUU